AUGAAGCAAUCUUUGGGCGUCGCGGCAGUGCUGUUCCUAUGGCUUCUGGCUGCAGAGGGAGCCAAGGUGCGAUCUUUGGAAACCCUCGUCGGAGAGGCGCUGCAGCAGUCCUUUCACAAUGAGGACAAGAAGAACUUCCGUUUGUCGGAGCAGGAGAUCGAAUGGAUGCUCUCUCAAUCUCGCGAAGGCGGCAAUGGACAGAGCCGUCUGGAAGUCCAGCGCGUGCGUCGCAAGGACCCCGUCACCGGCGAAGAGUUCGACGACGUCUUUGUCAACGAGACCUGGACUGACCCAGACGAAGAAGGCAGGAGCAUCUGCCAGGAAGAAGGAGACGGAAACUUCACCCCUUCCACUGAGCUGGUCCAGACCGCUCAGAAGCUGCUGGAUUCGGAGUAUGGGGCAUUGGUGUCCACCGCCAUAGCUGCCUACGUGAGCUUGGCGGAAUACUUCGGCCAGGAGCUUUACCACAUGGAGGCCAAAGUUGGCUCGCCGGAACCGAUCGAAGAGCCUCAUGGACAGGUCCUCGUCGAAAUUUCAGAGGAGUGGAAUGUGGAGUUGAACAGGCUGUUGACGGCUCAGGGUGGAGAUGCCUGCGAGAACAGCCCGGAGUGGCUGCUGUUUUGCAUGAAGCAGACGACCUGCCUCCUCGAGGAUGCAGUGACCUCCGACCCCAAGGUGUUCACGGCCGGUCGUAUGGCCACCUACCUGGAAGUGGAGAAGGAAGUCCAUGACCACUACGAGGAGUUCGCUAUCUUGGCGAAGUUGGGCCUGCCCCACAUGCCGCCGCUUUGCAGUGGCAAGCAGGAGGUUGCCCGGGAGGGG